AGGAGGAGCCUCAGUGGAGGAAGUGGCUCCACAGAUUGGAUGCGUGUGUGUGUGUGUUGAGCAGUUACCUCCAUAGUGAGUGUCGCUAACCACUGGAUCGUGAAACGAGAAACAAAAUACAUCCUCAGGAGGGAACCACGCGCGAACUCGCCCUCGAGGAGUUGAAGAUUAGUUUUUUUUUUCUUUUUUAAUGUUCUUCGGUACAGGUUGAAAGCGGUGCAGCCGGUCCAGAAGCGAGCAUUAUGCAUUCAGACUGCAGGCUGCUAUGGGCAGAGCGGUAAUGGUGGGCAGGGGACCGACAGGGGCCGGGGUCCUCGUCCUGUCGAUUCUCAUCAUUCUCACCAAGGAGGGCUGUCGAGCGCAGAAAGGUGAUGGCUGUGGCCCCAGUGUGCUUGGCCCCAGCAGUGGGACUCUGUCCUCUCUGGGUUACCCAGGGACAUACCCAAAUGACACGGUGUGUGAGUGGGAGAUCAGUGUGCCUCGCGGCAACAGGAUCUACUUUCGCUUUGCUGAGCUGGAUAUAGAAGACAGCGACUGUCAGGUCAACUACCUCCGCCUCUACAAUGGCGUUGGACCCGAGAGGAGUGAGAUUGUCAAGUACUGCGGUUUGGGUCUGAAGAUUAAAGAGCUUAUCGAGUCCACUGGCAACCAGGUCACGGUCCAGUUCAUGAGUGGGACCCACACCACAGGACGUGGAUUCUACCUGUCCUACUCCACCACUGAACACACAGAUCUAAUCACCUGCCUGGACAAAGGAACUGACUUUCCGGAGGCAGAGUUCAGUAAAUUCUGUCCAGCGGGCUGCUUGACAUCUACCGAGGAGAUUUCUGGAACUAUCCCUAAUGGAUACCGAGAGUCCUCUCCUCUGUGUGUGGCAGCCAUCCAUGCAGGUGUAGUGUCCAACGCUGUUGGAGGGAGGAUCAACGUGGUCAGCAGCAAAGGCAUCCCUCACUAUGAGGGCACACUGGCUAACAAUGUCACUUCCACUGGAGGAACUUUGUCAAACAGUCUCUUCACCUUCAGGACCAAUGGCUGCUAUGGAACUCUGGGAUUAGAGUCCGGCGGUGUUGCAGACACUCAGCUCUCUGCUUCGUCUGAGUGGGAAUGGAACAACAUCAUUGGUCAACACAGUGUGUGGGCGUCAUCAGGGGCACGGCUAAAAAAGGAGGGGCUGCCUUGGGCGCCUUCUCAGAGUGACCAGAAGCAGUGGCUGCAGGUCGAUCUGAAGAGGGAGAAGAGGAUCACAGGCAUCACCACCACCGGUUCUACCCUGAGAGAGUACCAGUACUAUCUUUCAGCGUACCGGGUCCUGUACAGUCAUGAUGGCCAGCAGUGGUACAGCUACAGGGAAGCCAAUUCUACACAAGACAAGAUUUUCCAAGGCAACAUCAACUACCUGCAUGAGGUGAGGAAUAACUUCAUUCCUCCUAUCGAGGCCCGGUUUGUGAGGAUAAAUCCAACCUCAUGGCACCAGAGAAUUGCGCUCAAGUUGGAGCUCCUUGGCUGCCAACUUCAUACAGUGAGGCAGAGGCCGGAACCGAGGGCCCCCUCUCGUCGCACUCCACCUCCUGCCGGUACAAAACGCCCACCUCAGCUUGGCCAGACCACACACACCCCAGACAUCAGAAACACCACUAUGCCUCCUCACACAGGCAAAGAUGUGGCACUUGCAGCAGUUCUGGUGCCCGUGUUGGUCAUGGUUCUGACUGCUCUCAUCUUGAUUGUGGUUUGCGCUUGGCACUGGAGGAACAGAAAGAAGAGCUCUGAAGGAAUGUACGAUCUUCCUCACUGGGAUCGCACAGGUAGGUCAUCGCUCUGCAGGAUGGGUUUAUUGGUUCUGUUUGAGGGGUUUCUAGUUACAGCUCAUUGUGAAUUUGCUGCAGACUGGUGGAAAAGCAUGAAGCAACUGCUGCCAUCCAAGAUGGUGGAGACCGAGGAUUCAGUUCGGUACAGCAGCAGUGAGGUGGGCCGGCUAACAGGGAGAGGUGCUGUACCCAGACUACAUGCUGAACCUGCAGAGUACGCCCAGCCCCUGGUGAGUGGUGUUACAACAUUAGGUCCACGAUCAACCUUUAAACCAGACGAGGGGCCUGACCCAGGAUACACAGAUCCUGACCUGUACGACGCCCCCAUCUCACCAGAUGUAUACCACGCCUAUGCAGAACCCCUGCCAGCUUCAGGAGCUGAAUAUGCUACACCCAUUGUGGUCGAUAUGGGUUGCCACCCAUCGGGGGGCUCCUCUUUGAACCAGCCCUCCACAGUGUGUAGUUUCAUGGGUGCCGGGCCCUCCUCCCUGCUCACACGGACAGACAGUGGCCACUCAGGGAGGUCGGCGUAUGAUACGCCCAAAAAUGCCACUGGACAGGCCACACCCACUGAGGACCUGACCUAUCAGGUGCCUCAGAGUAGCACUCAGAAGCCAACGGAACACAGCUAAAGAGCAGAGUCGGGAUGCACAUGGCUUUUAAUCCGCCCCUCACUGCCAACGCAACCUUGACAGGCAAAGAGGGUUGAUAGAGGAGGAGGUGUGAACCUGUGAGCCCUUGAGUCUGGGCUCGAGUCUUGAAUGAACACUACCUUAGCUUUAGAUUCAUCUGGAGAUGUCUGUAUUGCCUAAUUGUUUCUGCAUGGCCACAAUCUGCUUGUGUAGUGCCAUUACAGUCCUAUCACUGAAACCACAAAGAUGAAUGUGCUUGUGCCAGACGUGAGAGUCGGAGAUGGAUGGAUGGAUUGACGGAGGAUGAAAAAGGAGAGAGCUGACUACUAUUUGAUAAAAAGACUUUGUCCCUGUCCUGUGAUUCUUGGUAGUUCUUGCAUUCUGUGAAACUGUGAUUUCCAUUAUUCCAUUAUUAUUCUGUUACAUACUGAACCAGGUUCAACUGAAAUGUACAUGAUGAUUUACAUUCUACAAAUCUGAGGGUUAUUUUAUUGAAUUGAUCGCAUGUUGCAUUAAGUAGCCUGCACCCAAGGUCAAAAGAAUUCCUCCUUUCUUGAGAAACUCUAGUUUUCCACGGUACGUUUUGUCUUACCUUGUUUAAAAGCAUGACUUGAAAUUGUGUAUAGUUCUAGUAAUUCCAUCACUGCAAACCUGUUAAAUUCUCAAAUGAUUUACUGAUAUUUAUUUUUUAUUUCACAUCCUGCUGACAAGGAAAUACUCUUUUUAAGAAAUUGCCCACCACCGCCCUCAUAGAUUACAGAUCACAGACGUGCGUGGUUGCACUGUUGUAAUGGGAACACUGUUGUGUCACAACAAACGUUGACAACUUGUUAGUGACUGAUGAACCCUGUCGGAGAUGUUUGUUUGUAUGUGAACUUGAAAAGGCUGAUCGGUAGAGGAUCGAUCCAAAGAGAAAAUACUUCUUGUAAUAUUGAAGACCAAAUGUUGCCUUUUCUGAUUAUGCAAUGUUGAUUCACAACAGGUCCAACGUUCACGAUUGUGCCAACAUCACAAGUUUAGCCAAAUACACCUUAAAGCAGUCUUAAUGUAAGAAGUAAAGCAUCAUUUGUAAAGGCCUAGUGGGCCUAGCAAAAAGGUACAGAGAAAAUGGGUAAAUCUGUUACAGCUGAUAGUUUCAUAGAAACACCCUCUGGUGUCUGAGCUUCCUGUAUGUUUGUCCUGAACUUUUUUUUUGGUUUUACUUGCAUCAUGUUGAUUGUCUCGUGUUGAAAUGGGUGUUUGAUCUGUCGUAAUUGGGUGUGACUUGUUACUUUCUUGUGUCUGUGUUUUUUUUGGGUUUUUUUGGACUGGUUAUGAUAUGGCUUAUAGUCGUUGUAGGACAUGUUUGUCUGUAGCACCGGUGGUAAUUAAAAAGUCCACAGUAGACUGCA